AUGCGUAUCCGCAAUGACCACGAGACAGAUAAAGAUGAUGAAGAUAAAGAUGAUGAAGAUAAAGAUGAUGAAGAUAAAGAUGAUGAAGAUAAAGAUGAUGAAGAGAAAGAUGAUGAAGAUAAAGAAGACGAUAAAGAUAAGGAUGAAGAUAAAGAUGAAAUGUAUAAGGCUUAUACAUAUCACAUUACACAGAUAUAUACUCAUUCCUUUCUAGCUUUUCUUUUUAUCGGGACCCGCAUACAGUUAAUUGUAUGA